GACAGUGCUAUAUUUUUGAUAAAAAAUGGUCCAUUUAUUUGGAGAUAUUAGACAUAACUUGGCUAAUUAUUACCAAAUCGAUGAAUGUUAUAUCUUUCCAAUCUUAGAUUUUGAGUAAUGUAAUUAUAAGAAUUCUACUUCAAAAACUAGCCAACUCAAAUCUGACCUAGUUUUAAAAAAUUUGUUUUCAAAUUGAAGACCAGAUUGGGAUAAGGCACUGGGCUUAGGACAUCAACCAGCAGUUGUUUAGACCUCCGGCGACGAAAGCAACGAAACAGUGGACUCAUUGUCAGAACUCAAGCCAAAAGCGGGGAACGCAGGAGAAUCACUCCGCCCUGGACGCGACUAACCAAGCACUUCAGCAUGGCCUGCGAUGAAACAAACUGUGAUGGCCAGAUUUCGCACACGUUCGUCAUCUUCGGAGCGUCGGGCGACCUGUCCAGGAAGAAGAUUUACCCGACGCUGUGGUUGCUCUACCGGGAUGAUCUCCUGGCCAAGCCUAUCAAGUUCUGCGGCUAUGCCCGCUCCAAGCUGACGGUCGAAAACAUCGAGGGGAACUGCCGGCAGUACAUGAAGGUCCAACCCAACGAGGAGACCAAGUACGAGGAGUUCUGGGCCCUCAACGACUACGUAAUCGGCAGCUACGAUAAUAGCUCCGGCUUCGAGCUCCUCAACCGGCAGCUGACGUUGAUGGAGAACAAGAACCGGGCGAACCGCAUCUUCUACUUGGCUCUGCCACCCAGUGUCUUCGAAGAUGUGACGGUCAACAUCAAGCAGAACUGCAUGUCUGCGAGCGGAUGGAACCGCGUCAUCAUCGAGAAGCCCUUCGGACGGGAUGCUGCCUCCUCACAGGCGCUGAGCGAUCAUCUGGCCAAGCUGUUCCACGAGAAGCAAAUCUACCGCAUCGACCAUUAUCUGGGCAAAGAGAUGGUCCAGAAUCUGAUGACCAUCCGCUUUGGGAACAAGAUCCUCAACACGACCUGGAACAGGGACAACAUCGCCUCGGUGCUGAUCACCUUCAAAGAACCCUUCGGUACCCAGGGACGUGGCGGCUACUUCGACGCGUUCGGUAUCAUCCGCGACGUGAUGCAGAACCAUCUGCUCCAGAUCCUCUCCCUGGUGGCUAUGGAGAAGCCGGUCAGCUGUCUCCCGGACGACAUUCGCGACGAGAAAGUGAAGGUGCUGAAGUGCAUCAAGACUCUAACUCUCGACGAUAUGGUGCUAGGCCAGUACGUGGGCAAUCCCGACGGAACCACCGACGACGCACGGAACGGGUAUUUGGACGAUCCCACCGUGAAAAAUGGGUCCAUUACGCCCACCUACGCCCUUGGGGUGCUGAAAAUCAACAACGAGCGAUGGCAGGGAGUGUCCUUUAUCCUGCGCUGCGGCAAGGCGCUGAACGAACGCAAGGCCGAGGUGCGCAUCCAGUACCAGGACGUGCCCGGCGACAUCUUUGAGGGUAGCACGAAACGUAACGAGCUCGUCAUCCGCGUCCAGCCGGGCGAGGCGAUGUACUUGAAGGUGAUGACGAAGAGCCCGGGAAUCACCUUUGAUAUCGAGGAGACAGAGCUGGAUCUUACUUACGCGCAUCGGUACAAGGACUCCUACCUGCCGGACGCCUACGAGCGGCUUAUCCUCGACGUCUUUAGCGGCUCUCAGAUGCACUUCGUCCGCUCCGACGAGUUGCGCGAGGCGUGGCGCAUUUUCACGCCCAUUCUGCACAAGAUAGAGCAGGAGCGCAUCCAGCCCAUUACCUACCAAUACGGUUCCCGCGGCCCCAAGCAAGCGGACGUCAAGUGCGAACAGAAUAACUUCAAGUACUCCGGAUCGUACAAAUGGCCUGGCAGUAAGAAGAACUCAUGAUGAUAGUAAGAAAUUUUUUAUCACUUUAGUUCUACAUCAAAACGCGGCCCACUAGAAUCCGGCCCAAUUAACUCAGCCUUGCCUCAUAACUUGGUCAACAAGGCUCUCCGCAAUCAUUUAUUUCAGGCAUUUUUAUAUUGUCAUAUCUUUACUAAUAAAAAUCGGAUUAAUCUUCAUCUUA